GUGCAACCUAAUCAAAAUCUUACAACAGUUACUCCCCUUAGACUGGUGUAACUUUUCCAAAACAAAACAUCUGUGGUUUGUUAUGAUCUGAUCCUACAUGGGCAUGUGACGGAUAAAAGCGACCGGGAUAAAUGAUGUAGACGGGAUGGAUAGUGAUGUGGUCCAAUAAAGGAGCUAGACAGCAAUAUUCCCACAGAGUUUUAUCCAUUGACGAUGACAGACAAUCUUCUAAUCCCAAUAGGGGUUUUCUGGGACAUUGAAAACUGCAAUGUACCACGGUGGAAGUCCGCUAUAUCUAUUGUAAGAUGUAUCCGUGAGAGAUUCUUCAUUGGAAGACGAGAGGUGGAGUUUCUGUGUGUAUGUGACACAACUAAAGAAAAUAAACAAGUCAUUCAAGACCUCAAUGCAGCCCAGGUGGAUGUUGUACACAUCAACGCUACCAGUAAAAACGCUGCUGAUGACAAGCUUCGUCAAAGUCUUAGACGCUUCACUGACAAACACCCCCCGCCAGCUGAUGUGGUACUUAUCUCCAGCGACAUAAAUUUUGCAUCCGACUUGUCAGAUAUGCGCCACAGAAAGGGCUACCAUGUGAUCCUGAUCCACAUGAAACAUGUUCACGAGGCCUUAAAGUUGUGUGCCAAUGAGCAUAUUCUGUAUGAGGAGUUGGUGCAGGACCUCCCUCAGCGUGAGCCUGAUCUGUCGGAGGAGGGUCAGAAAGAGCUUGUAGUGGUAGGAUUCCCUACCGACCAGCCAUCCAGGAUGGUGGAAAGUUGUCUGAAGAAGAUGUCGACAAAUUGUGGAGGACGAGUGAUAAGUGUUACGGCCAGCUAUGCCCUCCUCCGCUUCCCCAGUCAUAGCGAUGCCGUCAGGGCCAAGAAGAGGAUGACCGGAGAGCAAGUGUUCAGCAAUACAAUACAAGCAGACUUUGCAGUGGCCCCUACAGAUACAACUCAAGGCACCAGUAGCCCUAUCGCUGACCCCGAUCCCAAACCUAAAAGACGCCGAUUUCGACGCUCCAAGUCCAGAGAGCAGCCUAAAUUAUCACCUUUUUGCCCCAAAGAACAAUUGAAGAAAAAGGAGAAAUCACCUAAAAGUCAACAGUCAACUCCUGAAAAGAAAGUUAAGGCUAUAGAAAUGGCGACUCAGUGCCCUGGUCAGCCCUGCCCCGAGUCACAGAGAGAUGUACCAGCUGGGAAGGAGGAGAGUCAGGCUGAUAUAAAAACAGUAGUCGAUAAAUUUUCCAAGGACAACAAAAGUAGUCGGCAAGUAUUAUUACUACAGCAGCAGUUGUACCAGGAGGAACAAGAAGCUCCUCCUCAAGCUCAGCCCCUGUCACGCCCACAAUCUCAACCCACACCAGAAAACAGGCAUACACCUGAUAACUCUGGCUUCAAAAAGAGUCAAGGUCAUUAUAGCAUGUUUGGCCAGUCUUAUGAUGACCAACUCUAUCAACAAGGAUAUGGUUACUACAGUCAUAAUACCUGGGGCCAGAACCAUUACCAAACCUAUUCAAGUUACUACGGAAAUAACUAUGGUAACACUGUGGGAUACCAUGGUAACAAUUACCAACCUAACACCUGCAUGGAUUCUCAGUUAUACUAUGGUUAUAGCAAUAAUUCCUUUGAAAAAGACGGAGGAUUUCGACCUGCCAAUCCAGACUUGAAUCGUAGCUUCUGCAGUUCUGACUUGGCUCGAAGAACCAGGUUUUAUCCUCCAAACAACACAGGAUAUAGACAGCACAACUACAAUUCUCACAAAGCUCUGGACUAUUUACCCUCCUCCCCAACACAACAUUCAAUUCAACGGCAUAGUCCCUACAAUAGCCAUGCUCCAGACCGCCAGAGUCCAAAUUACCACAUGUUGGACCGACCAUAUCAGAACACUUACAAAUCCACCAGUCACCUGGCGGAGAGAAGCUCACCAUACGCAAAUGCUUUCCAGCCAAUACGGAGUGACAGUCCAAGUACAACUGGCAGCUCUCCGUGUGAGCAGGAUACACCAGACUGGGACAGUGUGGUGGGCCCAGUGGAGCUUCUCAUUUCUAACCUCGACUACAACAUCAGUGCUAAGGAAUGGAGGAAGAUUCUCUUUACCACCUUCCAUCCUCAUGUCAGGGUGCUGAAUGUCCAUGUGAAGGCCCAGCCUGAUAAUACAAGUAUAGGUAUGGUGAAAGUCCCCAGCAAGGAGGAGGCCCGCUUCGCAAUCUCACAGUUUCAUCGCAAGAAGAUUGGCUAUAAACGUAUACAUGUAACAUUAAAGAAUGACGAGGGACUACAUCCAGCCAACACCACUAGGGCUGAGGCAGUGACCUUACUACUGGAGGCCAAGGACAACACUCUACCAUUGUUCAAGUUUAUAGAACUCUUUGACAAGAGAUAUCACCGAUCUAUCAGUGUGUCUGAACUGUAUAAGAUGAGGGAUGUGAUUGACAUUCGGGAGCAGGGAGGGGCGGGAAGGAUGGUUUACUUAGCUUCACGGCCUCAGCAAGACACGCCGACCUCAGAGAUAGCUGAUGGAGAGGUACAGGAGAUUCUGGAACAGCCUGUAUGUACAAUCCAUUGUCCAGAGGGUAGCACUAUGUAUGCAGAGGCCAUCAACAGCUGUAUGCUGCCUUAUGUCAAAAUGUCCAUCAAGAUGCUGGGUCCACAGGUCCACUCUCUCCUACAGACACAUGAUGGCCACAUGCCACUAAUGAGCUUUCCAAUGUGUUACAUUGCCGAGUUCUCCAGCUUACCGAUUUCCCUGCAGUCUCAGGGGGGCGUACCACUGGAGCACCUAAUUAGCUGUGUCCCUGGCAUUCAGAUACAAGUGUCUGCCUCGGGAGUGAAGAAAGUCCAGUGGGCUGAGAAUCAGACAUCUAUGUCAGUAGAUGCAGGGCGCCCCCUAGCUAGCCCUUUGUUGAAUCAGCAGCUGAACCAGAUAUGUCGGGAGAUGACUGACCUUCUGAAGCAGAGUCCACAGUGUCGCAUGCCCAUGAGCAAAUUCAUUCCUUCCUACCAUCACUUUUUUGGGCGGCAGUGCCGCGUGGCAGACUAUGGAUACAGUCGGCUGAAAGACCUGUUUGAAGCCAUUCCUCAUAUAGUGCAGGUCCUUGGUACUGGAGACAGAAAGCUGUUGACCCUGAGUCAUCGUGCCCAAGGCAGACGCUUCACUGCUGACCUCACAAAACUGCUCAAGGUCCAGCCUGGAAAGAGGGUUGGGGUGAAGGCCCUCUCUGAUGCCUGGGCGAAGUUUUACAACAAGGCAUGGGACAUCACAGAAUAUGGAAUGUCACACCUGGAUGACCUGUUGACAGAGGUGCCUCCUACCACAGCUCUGGUGAUGUCAGAAGGAGGAGAAAAUGUCAUAGUCAUUCCUCGGAAAGAUCAGAGUGCUGAAGAAGUUGAACGGACCCGUCAGUUCUCCCUAGAAGUAGUGGACCUCCUCCGUCACAAUCCUCAGUGUCGUAUGCCAUUCAACAAAUUCAUCCCUGCAUACCACCAUCACUUUGGUCGUCAGUGUCGUGUGUCGGACUAUGGCUUCAGUAAACUCAUGGAUCUGUUUGAGGCUAUUCCACAUGUGGUAGAGAUGGAGGAGGAUGGGGAGGAGCGUUUGAUCCACCUGACAGAGCCAGAACUGCGUAAGAUUCUGGCAGAACAGAUAGUUAGUCUGCUGAAGUACCAGAAGAGCCAGUGUCUACCACUUCAUCAUCUGAUGUCAACAUUUACCUGUCAUUACGGCUUCAACAUCCCUCUCUAUGACUUCAAUGUCGAGUCAGAAGAGGACCUCAUGAAGAAGCUACGACACGUUGUCAAGGUUGAAAUGGUGAACCGAUGUAAAUAUGUCAUGUUAGUCAAUAAAACCGAGAUGCCUCGCCUUGCUCAUCACAUCCUGCAGCUGAUGAUGGACCAGAGUGGGGGUAGUCUCCCUUUAGUGGAGCUCGCCAGUCGUUACAAAUCCCAGUAUGGCCAUGACUGUGACGUCAAACAAAUCAAGGAAGAGCUGUUAGACUAUGUACAGGUGAUUGGAGAUGACGAGUCAGCAGUGAUCAGUUUGACACCUCUACAGGCUUUCGCUCGCGAUGUACGUCUUCUUCUCCAUGAGCAGGGACGCCUGUACCUAACACAAUUUGAGCGGAUGUAUAAGGAGCGUUUCGGGGUGGAGCUUAAACCUGCCUUAUUUGGCUACCCUACAACACUAGCCUUACUGCAGACUAUACCAUACAUAGCGAACAUCAGGGGCAAGGGGCCACGUAAAUACUGCACCCUGUCGUCAGAGUUCAAAGCCGGUUUGCCAGCCUACAAGGAUCAGGAGGGAAUGAGAGACUACGUACAUCGCUCUGCCUCAGACACACAGUCCAGUGACUCUGGUGUUACAGACAACAAUCCUGAAGAUGAUGAACUCUGUGUUGAAAGUGAGACAAGAAAAUCUCAGAGAGAAAACCUUCUGAGCGGUCACCAGGACCAAUCGAUGCCUGCACGGUCGUUUGAUCUGCUCUCUGCUCCUGUACCUUCAGCCAUCCCAUCCCCUGACCUCAAUCCAGAGGAACAGGUUCCAAACCUCAUGACAUUUGACUCCAUUUCUACAGAUAUGCAGGAGAAGAUUUGGACUCUGACAGAGAAUGAAAAGCGUGGACAGAAGACUCCAUUGUGUCGGACACCGACCUCAGAGCUUCUCAACUUUGCUGCUCAGUGUCUGAUUUCUCGUCCACCACCUCCCGCCUCUAGAGGAUCUACACCACACCUGGACAGGGCUGCCACACCCCAUAUCCUCAAGGUCGGAGGGCAAGGCCAGACAGAGGUCAACAAGGUUGAGAUAGCUGAUGAGCAGGGUUGGUGGAAGGCUAGUGAUUCACAACUCAUUGAAAUGAUGGAGGUUUUCUCAAGACAAGAAAGCCAGACAAGGCAGGAAGUGGAUGGAGCAGGCCCAGUAAGGGGUAGGGAGUACAGGGAAGUGUGUACCAGUAACAUUACAGUAGAUCAAACCAAGGUUCCGACAUCUUCAGAAAUAUUGAAAGUUUCCUCUCCAGCUGUCUCUAGUCCAGGUCAGGUACAAUCCUCUGGAAGUCAGACUUGUCAGACGGAUGUGAAGACAGUGUCCAGUCUAAACACACUCAAUCUGGUGUCUGCUACAGAAUCUUUCAAUCAAGUAUCCACUGGUCAAGUGUCCACUACACAAGUGUUCACCACUCAAAUACCCAUUACUCAAGUGUCUACUGGUCAGUUAUCCACUACUGAAGUGAACACUUCUGUGAAGUCUGAAGAAAAUCUGCCUGUUUUGACCUGUAGCCCUGGUAAACAAGUUCUGCCUGUUUUGACCUGUAGCCCUGGUAAACAAGUUCUGCCUGUUUUGACCUGUAGCCCUGGUAAACAAGUUCUGCCUGUUUUGACUUGUAGCCCUGGUAAACAAGUUCUGGCAUUAGUUCCAGUGACAGUGCUUAAAAAGUCAACAGACAAUAAGAAAGAGGUGGAGAAAUCGGAAACCAAAGAAAAUAGCAACACUAUGGAUACAGUUGUAAAACACAAAAUUGUGUUACCAAAAUGUCUGCCAAAGGAGAAAACAAUCAAAUCAUUGACUGAUACAACCUGCUAUGAUAACAUAUUUCGACAGGAACCCCCUCUAGAUACAAGUUCUGUUAAAUCCGACACCAGCACUCUGAGUGAUAUUUCCCAGGGGUCUCCUCGCAAGUCACCACGCAAACAACGCAUUGCAGCUCGAUUUGACAAUCCUAUGGAGGUUUCCUCACCCCCCUAUGUAUAGAGGGCGACAUGGACAAAUGAAUGCAAAAUAAACCAAAAUUAGUGUAAUUUCAACUUGCUUUUAACUGUAAUAAGGCUCUCUUUGACUCAUUUCAUAGUGAUAUCAAACAUCCAGCUGACUAAAAAUGUGAUGGUAGUUGAUGUAUAUACAAUUAUAAACAGUAUAAUUGAUGUUGAUGUAUAUAAAAUUAUAAACAGUAUAAUUGAUGUUGAUGUAUAUAAAAUUAUAAACAGUAUAAUUGAUACAUCUGAUUAAUGACGAGUGAGUGACACAGGUUCAAUAGGGCUACAUGAUUGUGUAGAAAUUUAACAUCACUAGAUAUAUUUGGAUAUCUUGAGUGUGAAGUGUUAUAUAUCAUGGCUAUGUCCUUGACCUCUUAAGAAUCUUAAAAUGUAUAUACUUUCAACAUCCAGAUAAGUACUUUCAUUAUCUGGAUCUCAACAUUUAGCUGGGGCGUUGAUGUAACAGGAUUACAAAAUUCACAAUUUCUUAUUUGAUAAGAUUCUAGUAAUCAUAAAAAUAUAUGGUAUAAUUUUAUUUACAAUUAUACUGCGUAGUUAAUACAGGAUUGUAAGACAACUAUACACUAAGUAAUCCUAGUACUUUAUAUCAGGGCACGUGGACAUUUUCAAUAUCUGUGAUGAAUUAAUAAGUCAGACAUAGAAUCUUAUUCAAGAACACACUAUAGUUAUGUGGCUUAAAAGUCCACAGAUGUAAAGUGUACAUGAAGUUAUGACCUUACCUAUAAUAGGUAGAUUAACACUGAAAUCUUUGUUGGGUAAACCUUUUUACCUUUAGCGAGAUUUACCUGUUUGUGUAAAUAAUCUGUACCUGUAUAGGUAAUGAGAUUUACCUGUUUGUGUAAAUAAUCUGUACCUAUAUAGGUAAUAAUGAGAUUUACCUGUUUGUGUAAAUAAUCUGUACCUAUAUAGGUAAUAAUGAGAUUUACCUGUUUGUGUGUAAAUAAUCGGUACCUGUAUAGGUAAUGAGAUUUACCUAUGGCUGGUAAGAAAUAGCUUGUACCCUUGGUAGUAAAAAUGGAAUAAGAACAUUUACCUGUAGUAGGUAAAUAAUGACAUUUAAGUGGCAGUGCAUAAUAGAUAAAUACUGUCAUUUACAUGUCAUUCUAUUUUAUAAGAGUACCAUUUACCUGUGGUAGGUAAAUAUUGACUUUAACCUGUGGUACACAAAUCAUGACUUUAACCAAUGGUAGGUGAAUAAUGACUUAAAGCUGUCACAGUGGUAGGUAAAUAAUGACAUUUACCUAUGGUAAGGUAAAUAAUGACUUUAACCAAUGGUAAGUAAAUAAUGACGUUUACCUGUGGUAGGUAAAUAAUGACAUUUACCUAUGGUAAGGUAAAUAAUGACUUUAACCAAUGGUAAGUAAAUAAUGACAUUUACCUAUAAUGGUAGGUAAAUAAUGACGUUUACCUGUGGUAGGUAAAUAAUGACUUAAACCUGUGGUACGUAAAUAACGACUUUUACCUGUGGUAGGUAGAUAAUGACGUUUACCUGUGAUAGGUAAAUAAUGACUUUAACCUGUGGUAGGUAAAUAAUGACGUUUACCUGUGGUAGGUAAAUAAUGACUUUAACCUAUGGUAUGUAAAUAAUGACGUUUACCUGUGGUAGGUAAAUAAUGACGUUUACCUGUGAUAGGUAAAUAAUGACGGUUACCAGUGGUAGAUAAAUAAUGACGUUUACCUAUGGUAUGUAAAUAAUGACGUUUACCUGUGGUAGGUAAAUAAUGACGUUUACCUAUGGUAGGUAAAUAAUGCCUUAAACCUGUGGUACGUAAAUAAUGACUUUUACCUGUGGUAAGUUAAUACAUGUAGUUAUAUUUUACCUGUGGUAGGUUUGUAAUACAGGACAGUUACCUGUGAUGGUAUAAAAUGACGUUACCUGUGGUAGUUAUAUAAUACAUGACCAUUAAGAACAGGAUUAAUAUAGCAUUUACCUGUGGCACAUUUUGACAUUUUACCUGUGAUAGGUAAAUAAUGAUGUUUACCUGUGGUAGAUUAAUUAGGACAUUAUCCCAUGAUAAGUAUUAGUGUACAUGUAUCUUUGGUUGGUAAUUAAUGAGAAUAGCCUGGUGGUUAAGUUGUCAGUGAAUUUUGAAUACUUUCAGAUUUCAUGCAUAAUUUUUUUUUCUGGGAGAAGACUUUUGUAGGUAUAGAGUAACAUCUCUAAAUAUUACUAUGCAUGCAUGCAGAUACAUGUACCAUCCAAUGGAUCUGGCAACACUAGAUGUUAUGCUGGAAAUAGCAGAGCUGUGGUCUUAAAUCAUAUCUGUACCAAUAGGGGCUUGCCACUACACAUAUGUAAGUACCAUAUAUUUGGUAUCAGUUAGUUUGAAUAAUUCAGGGCAAUUUAUUUGACCAGCAGUGUAUCUGUUCAGAUGAGCAUUUAGUUUGAAAGGUGAAUGUCCUUUACAACGUGAUACAUGAUAUCAGUUUGUAAUGAGUGGAAUACCAUGUUGUGGUAUGUAUUGUAAUUACAUUCUAGUAAGGAUAUCACUGUAAUGGGAAAGAAGAUACCAUGACUUUGAUAUGUUACUAAUCAUCAGUAAACUACAAUGAUAGUACUGUGUAUCAACCAUGUUCACCAUUACCAUUAUUUGGUAGUGUCCGCAAUAUUUUGCUGAUCUCCGUAUGUCUUUUACAUCUACAGCUAGAUUUAAUAGCUUUUAUAGAUAAACAUAAAAUGGUUCAAUGGAAAUUAAAUUCUAAUUACAUUUAGAUAAAUGUACAUUGUACAAACUGAACUUAUAUUUUCAUCAGAAAAUAUUAAAGUGAAUGUUAAUUAUGUUUAUAUGAUACAUGAUUUAUAGUGAUGUGGUCACAACAUAGUCUUAACAUUAUAAUGGAAGCUUAAAGAAUGGCCAGCUGUUAAUUAUGUUUAUAUGAUACAUGAUUUAUAGUGAUGUGGUCACAACAUAGUCUUAACAUUAUAAUGGAAGCUUAAAGAAUGGCCAGCUUAAUCAUCGUAAUUUAUGGAAGCACAUAAGAAUAUAUUCCAUAUGAGAAUUUGUCCAAGUUAACUGGUGGUGGGAGUUACUGGUACACUCUUUGUACACAACUGACCAUGCUGACACAGGUAAGGAAUCCUGUAGUCUGGUCAGUUGAAACAUUAAACCCCACAUUUUAUUUACAGUACUUUAUCAUUUUGAUGAAUAAUUAUAAUUUACUACAUCAUGACAAUAUGUAAAUUUUGACACGCAUGAAAAGUUAAAAGCCGUGUUGGAUGUAUUUUUUUGUUCGUGGAUAGUAGAACACUGCAUAUCCAAACUGUCCAGGGCCAGCUGUUCUAUAAUAGUCUAUAGAUGUUUGGAUAUAUGAUUACAAAACAAUAAAGUAAUGUAAUUAUUUGCGAGAUGCAACAAGAGUGAGGAUAAUUGAAAGUUUGAAUGUCCAGUGUUCUGAUGUUUGGUGUACUAUAUUAUUACUAUCCCAUAAUCUUUUGAAUUAAAAGUUAUCAGAUUUGAGAGUCCUGCAUGAAGUGAUUUGUCAAAUGUAAUAAUUUGAGUACAUCAUGUACUAGAUAGUUGAUUUCUGUUGAUGAAUAUGUAGAGAUUACAUUUGAUCAGAACAGUGCCUAUAUCGACCAAUUCUAGAAACAAUAAAAACAUGGCACAGAA